CAACUCCUUUGUUGGUUUCCUCUUUAAAGCAUAUUCUCAUAAAUAUCUCCUCUCACACACCGCUUCAUGUCGGAUAUUUAAUUAGUCCUCGCAGCACCUUUGUUUUUGAAUCAUUUUUCACUUCUGAAUCAGUGAUUUUGAUACAUAAUGGCGACAGAAACUGCUUCUAAGGCCAAGGGUACAAAUGCAUCGGCCGAAUCAGCCAAAGUGCCGAUAACUGCGCAACCGUUAUCGAAUGAGCCAGAUGGAAUUGCGUCAAAUAUUAAUUACCAUGUGCAUUAUAGUCCGCAUUUUUUGCCUUUCAAGUUUGAGCCGGAGCAAGCUUUCUUUGCCACCGCAGCAAGUGUCCGCGAUCGUCUUGUUCAACAAUGGGACGAGACUUACCUUCAUUAUCACAAAGUUGAUCCAAAGCAGACAUACUACUUGUCUAUGGAAUAUCUUCAAGGACGGACUUUGACCAAUGCAAUUGGGAACCUGAACAUUCAAAAUGCAUAUGCUGAUGCUUUAAAUAAGUUGGGCCAUGACCUUGAGGAAAUAACUGAGCAGGAGAAAGAUGCAGCACUUGGAAACGGUGGUCUGGGAAGGCUAGCUUCUUGUUUUUUGGAUUCCAUGGCUACAUUAAAUUUGCCUGCAUGGGGUUAUGGUUUGAGGUACAAGUAUGGGCUAUUCAAACAGAAGAUCACGAAGGAGGGUCAAGAGGAAGUUGCUGAGGAUUGGCUUGAGAAGUUUAGUCCUUGGGAAGUUGUAAGACAUGAUUUGGUAUUCCCGGUUAGAUUCUUUGGGCAGGUUGAGGUUAAUCCAAAUGGAUCGCGAAAAUGGGUUGGGGGGGAAGUUGUCCAAGCGCUAGCCUAUGAUGUGCCAAUCCCGGGAUACAAAACUAAGAACACUAACAGUCUUCGUCUUUGGGAAGCAAAAGCUAGUUCUCAGGAUUUUAAUUUGUUUCAGUUCAAUGAUGGACAAUAUGAAGCCGCCGCACAGCUUCAUUCACGGGCUCAACAGAUUUGCGCUGUUCUAUAUCCUGGAGACACGACUGAAAGUGGGAAGCUUUUGCGGCUAAAACAACAAUUCUUUCUGUGUAGUGCAUCACUUCAGGACAUCAUUCUUAGAUUCAAGCAGAGGAAAGGUCGAAAGGGCUCAUGCCAAUGGUCUGAAUUUCCCAACAAAGUUGCUGUACAACUGAAUGACACUCAUCCUACACUUGCAAUUCCAGAGUUGAUGAGAUUAUUAAUGGAUGAGGAAGGACUUGGAUGGGAUGAAGCGUGGGAUGUGACAGCAAGGACUAUUGCUUAUACCAAUCAUACAGUACUUCCUGAAGCACUUGAGAAGUGGUCACAGGCUAUUAUGUGGAAGCUUCUUCCUCGGCACAUGGAAAUCAUUCAAGAGAUUGACAAGAGGUUCAUUGAGAUGGUUCGUGCCACACGGAGUGACCUUGAGAGCAAGAUAUCCAGUAUGCGCAUCUUGGAUGAUAAUCCGCAAAAGCCAGUUGUUAGGAUGGCAAAUCUAUGUGUAGUGGUGUCGCACACGGUGAAUGGUGUUGCCCAGCUACACAGUGACAUCUUAAAGGCUGAAUUGUUUGCAGACUAUGUCUCCUUGUGGCCGAACAAGCUCCAAAAUAAGACUAAUGGCAUUACUCCUCGUCGAUGGCUCCGGUUUUGCAAUCCUGAGCUCAGUAACAUAAUCACAAAAUGGUUAAAAACUGACCAGUGGAUUACCAACCUUGACCUACUUGUAGGUCUUCGAAAAUUUGCUGACAAUGCAGAACUCCAAGCUGAAUGGGCUUCUGCUAAGAUGGCCAAUAAGAAGUGUUUGGCACAGUACAUACAGCGCGUGACAGGUGUAAGUGUUGAUCCAAAUAGCUUAUUUGACAUACAAGUCAAGCGCAUCCAUGAAUACAAGAGACAGCUAUUGAAUAUUUUGGGCGCAAUUUAUAGAUACAAGAAGUUAAAGGAGAUGAGUCCUGAGGAGCGGAAGACUACUACUCCACGCACUGUUAUGAUUGGAGGGAAAGCAUUUGCAACAUAUACAAAUGCUAAAAGAAUAGUGAAGUUGGUGAAUGAUGUUGGUGAUGUCGUCAAUAGUGAUCCUGAGGUCAAUAGUUUUUUGAAGGUAGUAUUUGUUCCAAAUUACAACGUAUCCGUGGCGGAGAUGCUUAUUCCAGGAAGUGAGCUAUCUCAGCAUAUCAGCACUGCUGGCAUGGAGGCAAGCGGCACAAGCAACAUGAAAUUUUCACUUAAUGGUUGCCUCAUAAUAGGAACAUUGGAUGGUGCUAAUGUGGAAAUCAGGGAGGAAAUUGGACAUGAGAAUUUCUUUCUCUUUGGUGCCACUGCUGAUCAAAUCUCUAGACUGCGCAAGGAAAGAGAAGAUGGAUUGUUCAAACCAGAUCCCCGAUUUGAGGAGGCCAAGAAUUUCAUAAGAAGUGGAGCAUUUGGAAGUUACGAUUACAACCCUCUCCUUGAUUCCCUGGAAGGGAACUCAGGUUAUGGCCGUGGCGAUUAUUUCCUGGUCGGCCAUGACUUCCCAAGCUACAUGGAUGCUCAAGAAAGAGUUGACAAAGCUUACAAGGAUAGGAAGAAGUGGCUUAAGAGUUCCAUAUUAAGCACCGCAGGAAGCGGCAAGUUCUCCAGUGACCGCACAAUCAGUCAAUAUGCUAAGGAAAUCUGGAACAUCAAGGAAUGCUGUGUACCAUAAUUUCAUCAUAGUAAAAUAUUCCACGCAAACCCAUCUGUAUAUAAAUAAGGCAGUACCUCUGCAGUCCUUGUUGGUUGUAUUAUUUAGUGAAUGAUAAUAAUAAUUGGCAGUUGCUUGUA